AUGUUGCCAGAAGCACCAAAAAACAAGUCACUAUACGAAGAGGCCGUUGAAGCUUUCUCAUUCUUGAAGGAACGUCUACCUGAAACUCUACAACACCCUCAUGUUGCAGUUAUUUGUGGCUCCGGUUUAGGAGAACUCGCAAAUACCAUCCAUGAUGAGCCGCGAGCAGAAUUUGAAUAUUCUUCCAUACCCCAUUUCCCUUGUCUGACAGUGCCCGGACAUGCGGGAAAGCUCGUCUUUGGACUACUUGCCGACCAUAUCCCAGUUGUUCUCAUGGUGGGCCGUGCACACUACUAUGAGGGUCACUCGAUACAUCAGGUGACAUUUCCAAUCCGAGUGUUUAAGCUUCUUGGAAUUGAGACUAUUGUUUUAACAAACGCCGCCGGAGGCCUCAAUACCGAAUAUGCGGUUGGAGACAUCGUGAUCAUCAACGAUCACAUCUUCCCUGCAGGAUUCGCAGGAACACAUCCCCUGCGAGGGCCAAACCCGGAGGAAUUCGGACCCAGAUUCCCUCCUCUGUCUGACGCAUACGAUCUCGAGCUCCGUCGCCAUGCACACCAGGCAUGGAAAGCAGUGAUGAGCGAAAACAGUAAACGAAGACUACACGAGGGUGUGUAUGCCUUUGUUGCGGGUCCCAGUUACGAAACUCGCGCUGAAUGUCGUAUGCUUCGCCAAGUUGGGGCUGAUCUGGUUGGCAUGUCAACCGUACCAGAAAUAAUCGUCGCGAGGCACUGCGGCAUUAGGGUACUGGCUUUCAGCUUGGUAACCAAUAAUGCGGUCCUCUCUCCAGUUCCCCGAGGAGAUGAUCAUCUUCUUCAAGCCAAGGACGUGAGGGAGCUGGAUUCCAUAUUGCAAGAAGGCAAGGCAAGCCACGAAGAAGUCCUCGAAGCUGGCCGCACAGCAGCCAUCGAUAUGCAGAAACUCGUCGUGAAGGCCAUAUCAAAUGUCCAUGGGCGCCGAUAGUGUCCACUCUGUGAGUGGAUCAAAGAUUCGGUCUGCCUCGAGAAGCAAAUGCCACGAUUGGACAAGGAGCGUGCAAGAGCAACUUUCUGAGACGAUCGUCAUGACGGGACCUCUUCACAAGUGGCUAGGAAAUGGCAACAGAAUAACUCGACCGUUGUACCGAACCCUUCACUGGAUUCAUGUCCUUCAACAUCUGCGAAAUUGUCUCAUUUUUUUUGACGGUUUCUUUUCGCACGAAGGUUACUGUAGAAUGAUCUUUUGCCGCUUUGCUUCGAUGUUUGAAUCUCCCUGUAUUUGGAAGCAAAGCGUUUAGUUUCCCGCUCCAAAGCCAAGGCAUCUUCAACGAAGGUCUUCUUGCGGUCUUUCUUGGCGAUGCGACCGCUGAAGAAUUCCGUUGGACCCUCAAUGAUUGUUCCCAACUGAGAAUAUUUUGGAGGCUGUGCCUUGCCGCCUUCUUUCUUGUAAUGCCUCUUGGGAUC